AUCUCCAAUUUUGCUUUCUUUUACAGUAGCGUCAUGAUGGAAACAUCAUACCUACCAAACCAACAGAACUACUCGGACUUCUGGCGGACAAGCCCCGUGGGUAAGGCAGCCCCACCAACUGCAGACAUGGGCCGCGGCACCACCCUUGACCUUAACAUCAACUCUUACUCAGUCUCAACUCUUGACCUUGAUUCCAUGCCAAAUAUGUUGUCUUUCUCUCCUUGCACACCCACUUACAAAGACUUCUCGGUUUUCAAAGAAAAAUCCUCGCACGACAUCGCAGAUGCCCUUCUCUCACUGAAACACGCCGUGGUUCGGCCUCAACUGAACGGCCAGCUAGCUCCCAUGUCUCCACCUAUUCAACACAUUAACCAACAGACGAUGGGUCCACCUCAAAUGAACCAUACACAAACUUCUCCACCAAUCAACUACACCGUGAACCACCACCACCACCACCCUCACCACCCUCACCAAGCCCAACAUGUCUUGUCCAACGUUGCAUAUACGGGUUCUACAGGUGCUCAGUACGCUCCAGCUUAUACCGAACCUCAGAACCAGAACACAUCGGCGCAGGCCCAAGCGAACAUGUUCCCAUCUAUGAGUGUUAACGUGUCAAUGAGCAUGAACGUGGGGGUUCCCCCUACGUUGGCACCCAAUCACCAAUACAAUGCCGUACAACAAUGGACAGGGCAACCGCAAAACCCACUCGGUCAGUAUGGCGGCCACGCUCCUACGCUUCAGCCCCAGUAUGGUACAUAUACUGGACAAUCACAUCCUUACACGGCGUCCUAUUCACUGUCGACGGAUCUUAGGGCCAUGGCGGACAGUAGGAACAUCAUUUACAAGUCUUCGGAUUCAUUCAAGCAGGCGUCACGUUUUUGUGGCAUGAACCACUUCAAGAGGACUAAACUGAUGUCCGGGGGGCGGCAAACCCCUUGCUCGCCAAACAUCGGUGGGGGUGUUAGUGUUGUUGGUAACAUCGGUGUAAGCAAUCCAAACGGUGCCGUGGGUUCGGAUACGGCACGUGUUAAUCUCUGCCGGAUCUGUGGAAAGACUUACGCACGGCCCUCUACGCUGAAAACACAUAUGCGAACGCAUAGUGGUGAGAAACCGUAUCGUUGCAGCACAUGCAGUAAAUCGUUUUCACAAGCAGCUAACCUCACGGCACAUAUACGGACCCACUCGGGGGAAAAACCGUUCCGCUGUCCCAUCUGCGAUCGCCGUUUCUCUCAGAGUUCUUCGGUAACGACGCACAUGCGCACUCACUCCGGAGAGCGUCCUUAUCGUUGUAGGAUGUGCAAGAAGGCCUUUUCAGACAGUUCCACGUUGACCAAACAUGUGAGGAUCCACAGCGGAGAGAAACCUUACCAGUGUAAGCUCUGCUUGCUCCGCUUCUCUCAAUCCGGCAACCUCAAUCGACACAUGCGCGUUCACGCCAACGCCACGUAAAAGAAGGACAGGAAAACGCAGCGGCAGCGGCAGCGGCACGAAGACAAAUGACUCUUUGGAGAGGGUUUAAAACUGUAAAAGAUGUUUGGCUAAUUAAUUAAAUAAUUAUCAAAAUUUAUCAUAAUGAAAUAACAAUGAUAAUACAACAGAGACAACCAUCAAUUUGAAAAAGAAACACACCACCACACACAUAUACACUUACUUAUCAUAUAUAUAUAUAUAUAUACGUUACAUGCAUACAUACAUACACGCCUGACUAUCGGGAACGUGAAACUAAGAGUUGUGACUCAUGAAGUUGCAGUUCCGAAAUCAAAACUAUGAACUCUACUUCACAUAUUGAGUACUUUUUAGCUAGUUUGUAAACACCAACCUUGAGCUCUCUCUCUCUCUCUCUCUCUCUCUCUAUAUAUAUAUAUAUAUAUAUAUAUAUAUAUAUAUAUAUAUAUAUAUAUAUAUAUAUAUAUAUAUAUAAACACACUCAUACUUUUGUAUAUAAAUGUAUAUGUUUAUAUAUUUAUAUCUACAUGUAUGUAUACACACACAGAUGGAUUCGUUGCACAUGUACAUCAUGAUUCUAUUCAAAUAAGAGUAUCAGUUUAAGAAAAAAAAAUUAAAGACCCAAGAGAAAAUCAUUUCUAAAAUCUGUGCAAAACAACUCGAAACAAUAAAUGAAUAAAUAAAGGCAAGCACAACAAAAAACAAUUACAAGAAUACACACACAUAUGUAUAUAAAUAUACAUGUGUGUGUGUUUGUAUAUAUAUAUAUUAAUAAAAUUAAUCUGUUUGUCAAUGACAUGCCCUCUCUCAUCAACGUCUGUCUUGGGUUCUUGGUAAACUUGAAGAGAGAAGGAAGAAGAUGAAGAUGUGAAGAAAAUGCGAACCAUUGGGUUAUGUGUUUUAUUGCGAGAGACAAUAUUUGAAGCGGACGAGGUCAUUGAGUUGAGGGGAAGACAACAUGGCUUUGACUAAGUUUUGAGUGAUAAAUCAAAUGAAUUUAAUUUAUUCUGUCUAUAUUCGUAUCGAGAAAAUAGAGACUGGAUGCAGCACAUGCACACAUACAUGCACACGCACACACACAUACAUGCACACACACGAGUGUGUGUGUGUGCGUGUGUGAAUAUGAAUAUAUAUGAAUAUAUAUAUAUAUAUGUAUUCAUGUGUGUGUGUGUACAUAUACAUAUAUAUAAAUACUUAAAUAUAUAUAUAUAUAAAGACACGGGCAUAUAUACAUAAAUAUAAGCAGUUACACAGAAAUAACUAUCGGAAUGCGAAGCAGCAAGAUCGACAAAAGCAUGUGAAGUGAUGGACAAAAAAUUAUUUUAUCACGUGACAAUCCACCUUCGUAUUUCUUUCUUCCUUCUACGAUAAAUACACGCCAUUUUGAAGAGUU